AUGGCGAGGAGGGCUUCCACGUCGGACCCCAGGCCCAGAACCCUCCGCCGCUCCCUCGCCCUCCCCCUCCCCGACCACGACCCCCCCUCCGCCCUCUCCGCCGCCUCCUCCGGCUCCCUCCUCGUCGCCUACGGAAGCAAGAUCACCGCCUUCGACCCCGCGCUCCGCCGCCGCGCCACCGUCCUCACCCACUUCCCCGCCGUCGACUCCCUCCUCGCCCUCUCCCCCUCCCUCGCCGCCUCUGACAGCCUCUCGGCGAUGUUCAAGGUUGGAGUAAACUCCGGCGAGGUGUUCAUGGCGGAUUUGAGGAAACUUAGCGCGGAGGAGCCGUGGGUUUGCCUCGGCGAUGCGAGGAAGGCGGCGACGGGGAGGAAGGAAGAGAGCGGGUGCCGAACCGAGAGCCACGGGAGGCAGGUGUUCUGCAGCAGGGGAGGGGAGGUGGAGAUGUGGACGGAGGUGUUGAUGGGGCCGUCGACGAGGAGCCGCGAGGAUGGAUUAAAUGGGGAGAGGAUCAUGAGGAGGAAUAUGAUGGGGAGGGCCAAGGAUGGAGGAGUGAAGAAGAUAACGUUGUUGGGGUUUGGGAAGAGUAGGAUGGUGGGCCGUGCCGUGCUUGGCCCACGAAUCGUGCCAGCCCAGGCCCUUAUGGGCCGUGUCGGGCUCGGCCCGCGGGCCCGAAAUCCUUAACCCAGCCCGACCUCUUUUUAUGAGCCGUGCCUAGCACGGCCCAUUACUGUAGCAAGCAAUGCCCACCUCUACUGUCCACCCCGUCCACGCUGGGCAAGAUCCUAGGACUGGCAAAAUGAUGGAGGCGGAAAACCUCGGUGAUUGCGCAGCGGAUUUGAACCCUGGCAAUCAUAGGUACAGUGAUAUUUUCUACCGUUCAAACCAAUAUUCCGUGGUGGUGCUUUGAUACUGUCAUUUGUUAUUGAUGCGGGAUUUACACCCCGUCACCAGCAGAGCCCACACACUAGCCGAGCAGCAGAAGAGAGAGUGUCCCCCAGAAGCUAUUGUCCGCUUUGGGUCCGAUUCGGGGGUCGAGCGUACCCGAAGCCCUCCUCACGGCGCCUCACGGUUUUGCCC